AUGGCGCUGACUCAAGGAACAAAGAAAAAAGUUUGUUAUUAUUAUGACGGGGAUGUUGGGAACUAUUACUACGGUCAGGGUCACCCCAUGAAGCCACACCGAAUCCGGAUGACCCACAACUUGCUCCUGAACUAUGGGCUGUACAGGAAGAUGGAAAUUUAUCGUCCGCACAAGGCGAACGCCGAGGAGAUGACCAAGUACCACAGCGACGACUACAUCAAGUUCCUGAGGUCGAUCCGCCCGGACAACAUGUCGGAGUACAGCAAGCAGAUGCAGAGAUUUAACGUUGGAGAAGACUGUCCUGUGUUUGAUGGGCUUUUCGAGUUCUGCCAGCUGUCCACAGGAGGUUCAGUGGCUGGGGCAGUGAAACUAAACAAGCAGCAGACUGAUAUAGCCAUCAACUGGGCUGGCGGGCUUCACCACGCCAAGAAAUCAGAGGCUUCUGGGUUUUGCUACGUGAACGAUAUUGUCCUAGCCAUCCUGGAGCUGUUGAAAUACCACCAAAGAGUCCUCUACAUCGACAUUGAUAUACACCACGGAGAUGGCGUGGAGGAAGCUUUCUACACCACAGACCGAGUCAUGACUGUGUCCUUUCAUAAAUACGGAGAAUACUUCCCUGGCACUGGAGAUCUCCGAGACAUUGGAGCAGGCAAGGGCAAGUAUUAUGCUGUGAACUACCCACUCAGGGAUGGAAUAGAUGAUGAGUCUUAUGAAGCCAUAUUUAAACCAAUCAUGGCCAAAGUGAUGGAGAUGUACCAGCCGAGCGCGGUUGUGCUUCAGUGUGGUGCGGACUCGUUAUCUGGGGACAGGCUUGGGUGUUUCAACCUGACAAUUAAAGGCCACGCCAAGUGUGUGGAGUACAUGAAGAGCUUCAACCUCCCCCUGCUGAUGCUGGGGGGCGGAGGCUACACCAUCCGCAACGUGGCACGCUGCUGGACGUACGAGACCGCCGUGGCGCUGGACAGCACCAUUCCCAACGAGCUACCCUAUAACGAUUACUUUGAAUACUUUGGACCUGAUUUCAAGCUCCACAUCAGCCCCUCAAACAUGACUAACCAGAACACAAAUGAUUACCUGGAGAAAAUAAAGCAGCGCCUGUUCGAGAACCUGCGCAUGCUGCCCCACGCGCCAGGGGUGCAGAUGCAGGCCAUCCCCGAGGACGCCGUGCAGGAGGACAGUGGGGACGAGGAGGAGGAGGACCCCGACAAGCGCAUCUCCAUCCGGGCUCACGACAAGAGGAUAGCCUGUGAUGAGGAGUUCUCGGACUCCGAGGAUGAAGGCCAGGGUGGCAGAAAGAACGCUGCCAGUUUCAAGAAGGCAAAGAGAGUGAAAACGGAGGAGGAGAAGGAUGGAGAGGAGAAGAAGGAUGUAAAAGAGGAGGAGAAAGCCGCAGAAGAAAAAAUGGAAACAAAGGGGUCUGUGGUGUAGUUUACUUCCAAAUGUGGAAGGAACAAAAGGAUUCUGUUUGGGGCAAAGGAGGAACUGAAGAUGGCAUGAGAGCUGCUAGCCUGGGUCUUUUCAGCAUUGCAUGAAAUUCCAGUAGAGAGAGAGCCCUUUAGAAAUCCACAUUGAAAUGAUACCGAGACUAUGUAAAUUAUUUUCUAAAUGCAUUUUAAUAAUUGAGUUCUAAUAAGGACUAAAAAAAAGUGGAGUUAUUUUUUUUUUAAUGCCACUGAUUUGGGAUUUUUUUGUUCCUGUUCAAGCAAAACUAUUUAAAAUGUUUAAGAUCACAAUUCUCUUCUGAAAACUCCCUUUAAUGAAGCAGGCUGAAAUGAUACAGACCAGGGGUGUAACAACAUUUAUAAAGUUAGUAGAAACCUUAAACCUUAACUUUUUUUUUCCUUAUACAUUUUAGGUCUUUGUUCAGCUUCAGUAAGUUAUUUAAAUCAUGGCAUUUCUGAAGGACGUGUGGCUUCUACAGUUUCAUUAAUGUACACCAUGUUGCCACUUAGUUUAGUAACUGUUGUGUUCUGCAGAGGUUUAACAUCAGUAUUCGAAGAAUUUGUGGGGCCUUAGGUUUGUCGUUUUUAAAGAUCUGUCAGUCUGGAUUUCAUUUAAUUCCCCGAACACAUAACAAAAACCGGACAGCUGAACUGACUUCAGUUUUCUAUAAUGUGAAUUGUAACCGAUUCAGCACCAUUUUGGAAUAAUUCAGGUUCCACCUGCGGCAGUAACAAUAGGAAGAAACUAGCGAUGUGGCGGCUACUUUGGGUUUUUAGCCAUGCGUAUCUCCUGUUCUCUUGAUAACCAAAUAACCAUGUGGUGAGAGCAGCAAGGUAGUCCUUCAUCUUGUUAAAAGCAGUUCUGCGUGGCUCCCCCCCACGAUGGUAACCAUCCGCCGCCGCGGUGUGGCCGGUGUCAUGGCAGGUUAGGAAAUGAAAGGUACUGUUAAAAAUGACUUUGGGCGGGCUGGGUGCUCUCCCCCUCGGUGACAGGAGGGAUGAUGUCCCACUAUUCCUGAUUCAGUCUGCUAAACCUGUGGUCCGCUUGCUUGUCUCCAGGACCCGAGUCUGCCUCCCGGGCCUCCCCAGGAGUGCUGCGGUUGCAAUUCAGAAAGGAAAUUGAGACCUAACAUUACUUUGAACAGCCAGAGUGCAUAAAGACCAGCUUGUGCAGCCGCCUGCCGCUCAGAGUGAAACGCUCGAGGCUGAACGUGUUCAGUGUAGACGGUGUCCUCGUCGGAGCUGCAGAGUGAGAAUGCAGGUCCUUGGAAUCAGUGUUGCAGAAGAAGCUGGCUUGUUUGUUUUGCAGCUCUCAAAGUCUUUUUGUUAUUAUUAUUAUUAUUAUUAUUAUUAUUAUUAUUAUUCAAAGGGGCCUGGUCGUGUAGCAGUUUUAAAUUGUAUGCGAUCGAUGAUUUUGAGGUGCGUGAAGAAGAGUCCAAAGUUUUGAAGGAAGGGGGGAACCCUUGUUAGGUUGAUCUGUAAGUAAAGCAACUUCGAAAAAGACUUUUUCCAUCUGGGUUAGCUUUGAAUCUUGGAUAUCUGUCGGAGGGAUGGAUUUUAAUCCUGCCUCCGCGAUCGUUCCUUCGGGGAUGGUUUUAAGUUCCCGCUGCAGAACGUCAGUCUGGUCAACCAGAAGUGAAGGUGUUAUUCUUGGUGAUGAAAUUUCCAUGUGUUAGACCGAAGCUGUGCUGUAUGUUGUGCUCUCUUACAACUGUACUGUCUCACAUUUCUUCCAGGAGCUCUGAGAGCGGGUGUGAUGUCGUAUGAGAGUUUUUUUUUUCCUUCCUCUUGAAAUACUUAUUUUACUUUUUGGAAAUAUUUGUAUUGAAAUGGAAAAGAAU